UAUCUCUUCAAGCAUUUAUACGAACCAUCCGCGCACGGUUCUCGUCUACUUCACGAGCUCGACUGUACCGUCCUCCUCCUCCUCCUCCUCCUCCUUCUCCAGCCCAUCUCAAUGAAUCUUCCCGGAUCCCUCCCCUCUUUCUCCGUCGUCUGCAUCUUCAUCAUCUGCUGUUCACUGUCGUCUCUGGAUCGAGUCCAAGCUCGCCAGUACGACGUCGGUGGCAGAGAUGGCUGGGUGGUUCAUCCCGCGGAGGAUUACAGCCAGUGGGCUGGUCGGAACCGGUUCUUGGUCAACGACACUCUGCAUUUCAAGUACAAGAAAGGAGGGAACUCGGUGCUGCUGGUGAACAAGACCGGGUACGACAAGUGCGACGCCCACAGCCCUAUCAAGAAAUGGGACGACGGCGACACUGUCUUCCAGCUCGACCGGUCCGGACCUUUCUACUUCAUCAGCGGCCAGGACGACAACUGUCAGAACGGCCAGAAGCUGGUCGUCGUCGUCAUCGCCUUCAGGCCUCGCCCUUUUCCUCUCCCCCCGCCUAAAGCCCUGCCUCCUCAUGGCUCCUCGCCGACUCCGGCGACGGCUCCCGGAGCGGCUCCGGGUUCGAAACCGCCGGGUUCGAGUGCUCCGGCGACGUCUCCGGCGUCCUCCACGUCGCCAGCUACAACGCCAACACAUGCCCCGGCAAUGGGACCGUCGACGUCUCUGUCGCCGUCUCCGACCCUGGCUCCAGGUUCGAAACCGCCUGCGUCGAGUGCGCCGGCGACGUCUCCGUCGACUUCCACAUCGCCAGCUACAAGUCCAGCACAUGCGCCGGCAAUGGGACCGUCGUCUCGGUUUCCGUCUCCGACCGCGGCUCCAGGCUCGGAACCGCCAGUGUCGAUUACUCCAGCGACAUCUCCAUCGACGUCCACAUCGCCAGCUACAACCCCAACACAAGCGCCGGCAAUGGGACCGUCGUCUCUCGCGCCAUCUUCGACCACCGGAUCGCCGUCAUCUGCUCCAACGGCAACAGGUCCAGCAUCAGGUCCAACCGCGGCCGGCGCGCCAGGAGCGUCGCCGCCGGCGCCGUUCACCGCUUCACCGACUCCAGGAGGGUCAGCUCAGUCGCUUCCACCAGCAGGGUCGUCGCUUUCACCGGCAGGGACGCCGACCGGUAACUUGAACUCCUCCGCACCAGUGGUGAAUCCUCUCGGUAUGUGGGCAUUGCCAUUCUUGAUGAUGCUUUUAGGGCAAAUUUAAUGGAGAUUCCAGGACGGAGUACAGUGCAGCGUUUGAAAAUAUAUAUCUUCAGACAUUAAAAAAGGAAACCCCGGAUGAAAUUCGAUCGUGUUUAUGUUGGUUUUUGUUCUGAGCCGAUGUUAGAUUCAUUUGUUUGAGGGUACGUUUAUAAAAAAUUUCACAUGUACUGUAUGUGAUUUUUUCCUUAUGUGAAUUUCACUAUUCCAUGAUCUGACUAGACGGAUGUAUGGACAUUGAAAAUAAAGGACCCUUUAUAGCAGUUGUCGUUGAUCAUA